CCGGUGAGUGUAUUCUAUAUGGCUAAAUGUCCUGAAUUUUUGUUUGCGUUCUAAAUGCUUUACAACUGGCUGUUGCUCAAAAAUGAAUGAAUGGACACCGAUCGCAAAGAAAUAUGACCCCCUCAAAGCAGGAAGUAUUGAUGGUACUGAUGAAGAGCCCCAUGAUCGUGCUGUGCUUAGGGCUAUGUUGUCCCGUUAUGUGCCAAACAAAGGUGUUACAGGAGACCCUCACCUAACUCUCUUUGUAUCCAGAUUAAGCCCGCAGACUACUGAGGAAAAACUAAAGGAAGUAUUUUCUCGUUAUGGAGACAUCAAAAGAAUUCGUUUGGUGAGGGAUUUUAUAACUGGCUUCUCAAAAGGCUACGCGUUCAUUGAGUACAAGCAAGAAAAUGCAAUAAUGAAAGCUCACAGAGAUGCAAACAAACUUGUGAUUGAUCAGCGUGAAGUAUUUGUGGACUUUGAACUGGAAAGAAAUCUUAAAGGAUGGAUUCCUCGCAGGUUUGGAGGAGGAUUUGGGGGCAAGAAGGAAUCUGGGCAGCUAAGAUUUGGUGGCCGGGACAGGCCUUUUCGAAAGCCUAUCAAUUUGCCCAUUUUCCCUCAUCAGUUUAACUCUGAAAGUCGUGGUGAGAAAAGACACAGAUCUCGUUCCAGAGACAGGUCCCAUGAUUGGAGAGGGCAGAGAAGAGAUUAUGGACGGGACAGGGAUAGAGGAAUAAGGCGACCGGAGAAAGAGAGGCCUUAUACUAAAGAUGACAAAGAACAGAAUGCAGAGCAUACUAAGAGAGAGAGAAGCAGAGAGCAGGCAAAGAAUGAUAAAGACAAAGAAAAAAAAGACAGCAAAAGGGAGAGAAGCAGAGAGAGAGAUUACAGAAAACACAGAAGUGAUGAGCAUAACAGGUAGAAAGAUAGACAAAAAGUAGUUUCUUGGUGGUUCCUCUAGUAUUGGAGCAGCUGGCAACUGUAGAGGGGUUGCAUGUGGCUAUUACUUCCUCAGAUAUUAAUUUAUUACAGCAUUUUCUUUUCUUUAUAAAGGACCAAUAGCAUUCAAAAAGGAUAUUGUAUAGAAAAUAUGAAAUUUUGCUCUACUUUGAAAAAAUCUAGAUUAACAUUCUCACCUGAGUUUUUUUUUUUGUUUUUUUUAAUCAAAUAAAUGAUUACAUGUAUGUA